GCACGGAAGGAUUACUACGUGGUGUUAACUCUUAAAAUUCCUUUACCUGAUGGUUUAAAAAACAGUGAUAAAUAAUCAUAUUUAGACUCUGUACAGUAAAAAAACCAUCGAUAAUAAUAUUUUAAGUGCGUCAUAAUUUUUAUAAUUACUUGGAAGCAAUUGUUAUUGUUGUGACGUGCUAUCUAACCCGGAUAGGUCACCGAGGCGGACCCAACUCGUAGUCUGGAGGCCAGUCGCUAUCUGCCAUGAUCGCGCGCGCGUGCCUCAUUCUCCUCUGCUCCACCGCCGUACUCGGCUGGCCCAUCGAAGGCGACGCACUUCAGGAUUUCUUCGAGGACCAAUCCGAGAGCAUGAAGUCGUUCUUCGAAGCCCAGAAGAACCGCAUCGAGAGCGCCUUCAACUCGAGCUACGAGGAGGCCUUGAGGAUGAAGAACUCGGUGAACGACUACUUCGACAACCAGACCAAGAAGAUCAGCGCCGACAUCAACAGCUACGUCGAGAGCGUCAAAUCCAGCGGCAGGAAGGUCAUAGACUCCUGGUCCUACCUGCCCAUAGACGAGCCCGGCGCGCAAAUGGAGAACCCCGACUUAGUGCUGUCGGUCCCCGCGAUUAUAACCAGCCACGGGUACACGUGUGAAACGCACACGGUAAUGUCCCAGGGGUAUUUGAUUAACGUUCAUAGAAUACCGCGGGGGAAGGAUGGCGGUAAAACCUCGCACAAGACCGUCCUCCUGCAGCACGGCCUGUUCGCCAGCUCGGCGGACUGGAUCCUCAACGGGCCCGAGAAGGGACUGGCAUACGUGCUCGCGGACGCCGGCUACGAUGUCUGGAUGUCGAAUAUACGGGGCAACAGGUACGCGAAGGAGCACUCGAAGCUGAAGAACAGCUCCAAAUCCUACUGGAACUUCUCCUGGCACGACAUAGCGCUGCACGACAUCCCCGCGGUCGUCGACUACAUAAUCAAGGUGAAGGGCGAGACGGAGAUAGCGUACAUAGGCCACUCGAUGGGUACCACGAUCCUCUUCGCGAUGUUGACCCUGAGGCCGGAGUACAACAGGAUUCUGAAGUCGGGAAUCGCUCUGGCACCCGUAGUUUUCAUGUCCGACAUAAAAUCUCCUCUGAAGAGUCUCGCGCCGGCCGCCAGCAACGUCGCGUAUAUGGAGAUGCUGUAUGGAUCCCAUGAGUUUGUGCCGAAGCAAUCAGUUCUGGGCAGGAUGACGAACACGUGCGACGCCGAGAGCAUGGACUCUGUGGUGUGUAAGAACGUCGUCUUCUACAUCUGCGGCUAUAACGAGAAGCAGUUCAACAAGUCGUUGCUACCCGUCUUCAUGUCAAACCUGGGCACGGGGACGUCGUGGAAAACAGCAGUGCAUUUCGCCCAGGAGGUGGUCUCCGGUGGAAAAUUCCAGCAAUUCGACUACGGAUCGAACAAUAUGCGAGUGUACAACUCCAAUACGCCGCCCGAAUACGAUUUGAGUAAGAUAACUCUGCCUAUAACUUUGAUGUGGGCAGAAAACGAUUUGCUUUCGAGCGAGAAGGAUAUUAUGAUGCUGCAUGACAGGGUACCUAGCACAGAAAUGUUUAAGGUACCAGAUCCAGAGUUCAACCACAUAGACUAUCUCUGGGCGAUCGACGCGCCAACGUUGGUCAAUGCCAAAGUUUUAGAAACGUUAGCGAAAUCCUUUAGUACGGAAUCUUCCAAGAUUUCAUUCAGUUUACAAUUACCAAGAAUAGGUAAAUAAUUUUCAGUAGCAUAAAUUUAGUUGUAAGUUAGAUAUGUUAAUUAUAAUUAUUUAAAUAUAAUAGUUAAACAUUGUA